AACGCGCCGGUUCAUGGACGGACGCGCGAGGACACGCGCGUCCGGCGAUGCCGCCGAUGCCGCCGCCGCCGCCGUCAUCGUCGUCGAGAACGAGGCUGAGAGCGUGCCGGUGCAGGAGCGGAGGAAUUACCUGGACACUUGCCCCGUCUGCCACCUGAGCUUCCGCAGCCGCGAGCCCAGGCUGCUGCCGUGUCUGCACUCGUUCUGCGGGAAAUGUUUGCCCGCAGCGUCGAGGAAUUUGGCGGUGGCGGAGCCGCCGAGCUCCCGGAGUGACGGCGCCGCAAAACCACUGAAUGUGAUUCGGUGCCCGGUGUGCAGGCAGGAGUGCAUGGAGGUGGACGUGAUGGAGAACGUGUUCGUGAAGGACCCAGCCGAGGCUCCCAGCAGCACCGUGGAGAGGACGGUGCAGCUUUGCAUGACGUGUGACGACAACACCGAAGCCACCGGGUUUUGCGUGGACUGCGUUGAGUACCUGUGCGUUACCUGCGUGGACGCCCACCAGAGAGUGAAGUUCACCAAAGACCACACCAUCAGAGAGAAGACGCUGGCGGCACCAGAGGCCUGUGGUGUGUCGACUCAGAGACCACUGUUCUGUGACACCCACAAAAAAGAGCCGCUGAAGCUGUUCUGCGAGACCUGUGACGUGCUGACGUGCCGCGACUGCCAGCUGCUGAAGCACAAGGACCACAAUUACCAGUUCCUGGAAGAUGCUUAUAAAAGCCACAAACAGCACAUGGAGAACAUGACCCAUCAGCUGCAGGAGAAGAAGAAAGUGAUUGACGAGGUGUCAAAUUCCAUAAACAGCGGACUGGUUCAGGUUGAUCAGAACCGUACGUCUGUUCAUAAUGAAAUAAAGAAGUCCAUCUGCAGUUUGAUUCUGGAGAUAAACAAGAAGGGGAAGAUGCUCAUUAAUCAACUGGAGGCUGUAACAAAGGACCAUGAGAGCAUCUUGCGCAAACAACAGGAGGACAUCGGCUACCUCUCUAGACACCUGGACCAUGUCAUCAGCUUCACCAGAUGGGCCACGGCCCGCAGCGGGGGCACGGCCCUCCUCCACUGUAAACGCCUGAUUCUGUUUCAGAUCGGGAACCUCCUUCGGGCGAAGUGCAGCACCUCGUUCAUACCGCAGAGCACUGUCCGCUUCCAGUGUCGGUCGGCUUACUGGGCCUCAAACGUGGAUCUGGGCUCUUUAGUGGUAGAGAGUGUACCGGGCCACCAGCUGAGUGGUUUUCAGGGUAUCCCUCAUCAGCUCCCCCACCCCGGGCGAGGCCCCUCAGGCUCGCCCCACAGCUUCGCCAGCGCGGCUGCACACAGUACUCUGGCUCAGCUCCAGAUGCAGGUGGACAAGCUCAAUCCGCAGGCUCACUGGCAGCCGCCGCCACAUCCUCCGCCCUGGACGUGGUACCAGAGCGUCAGGCUUCAGCGAACGGUCCCCGGGCCCCUUCAGGGCGGCUCCCCCUCCCACGGUAUGCUCCCUCAGCCCGGUCGCAGGUUUAUGGUGCCGCCUCCGAACCACGUGAGCCCAACUAGCAGCUUACCGAGCCCUGGGUUUACGCCCCAGCCUCUGAGAGCGGUGGGGGGCAGCUCCAGCUACCAGCCCAAACCCGCCAGUGUUUUCUCCUCGCCGCCUUCGUACAACCGCGUGACACCAGUGGCCGUGAACUGCAGCGCGAGUGCUGCUCAGUCACAGCAAGCGAUUGAGUCUGCGUUUAUGAGCGGAACAAACGACUCACCUGGUCCAGUCUAUUUGCUGAAGCCCAACUAUUGGCAGAGCUUACCAUCACACAGAAGUGUGCAAGGACAGCAGGUUUCACCCGAGUACGCUGCUGUGUCCCAGGAGGAGAAACCAGGGUCUGUUUCCUGGAAGCCUUCAGACGAACAGGCCCGUGAAGAAGCGGGCCUAGCUGUCAAGAAAAGACGAAGAUCGUCACCGGGGCCCAUCAUCAUCAUCAAAGAUGAGCCAGAAGACGCCAGUAGCUAUGUGCAAGCCCACCAAAGAGCCAACCUCCCUGACAGCACAGGUGACCAACUUCAAAUUAGUCCCCAAGGUGAGGGGAGCAAGGUCCUAUUUCAAAGCGCAGACGACAAACCCCACAGCCCCUCACGGCCUCCAGGCAGCCCACGGGACCAGAGCGAGGCGGAGGCUCCCAAUGACAUCUGUUCACUGGGCGGAGAUCCGCCAGGAGACCGUCGACCAGGAGUGGAGCGCUCUGACGGAGUGUGUGCUGCGUGUCGGAGCGGAGGAGAGCUGCUGCGCUGCAAUAAGUGUCACAGGGUUUUUCAUCUCACGUGUCACGUUCCAACUCUCCAUAAAUGUCCUUGUGGGGAAUGGUUUUGCUCUUUAUGCCGUGACCUGUUGGUGCCUGAGCUGGAGUAUGACUGCGAUAGAAAACCUGAAGCCAACGCAGUAAAGACAGAGCCAGAGACGGAAGGAGGAUUCACCCCCGUGGACAAACGAAAGUGUGAGAGGCUGUUGCUGCACUUGUUUUGCAGUGAACUUGGUUCAGACCCUCAAGAGCCACCGCCCCCCUCGGUAGGUGCUAACAAUGCGCCAAUGAAUCUCGUCACAGUGAAGAGACGUCUGGAGGCCAAGCAGAGUCUCUGCUACCAAAGCACGGCACAGUUCGCAGCAGACAUCAGGCUCAUCUUUGAAAACCGUGAGCGGGCUGAGGCAGAGGUCGCACCGGCAGGCAGGAAGCCCACGGAGGUGUUUGAGGAGCACCUGAGGACCUUGUUCCCUGACCAGACCGCUCCAGAAAUCAAACUGGAGUUGCCACCUGCUGCCCCAUCGCUUGACAAAACCUCCCAGGUGAAGCGCUAGCACACGUGCAGACUCCCAGGAUGCGCAGAGGUUCCCCCAGGGCUUAGCGUGAAGGCACAUAUGUUCUCAACUCUACAGAGGUUAAUAACACUGAAACAAAGGAUGCUGUGUUACCUAUUGACAAUCUGUAAUUAGCUCCAGUCAAACCAAACAUGUAAAAUAGACGUGGUGAAUUUUGUUCUCUUUCUAACCUUGAUGAUUUGAACCACUUGGCCCCGUUGGGGUCGUGAGGUGCUGGAUCGCGUCCCAGCUGUCACUGGGCGAGGUCGCCCGUCCAUCACUGGACCGCAUGUAGACAGACGACCACACCUACAGAAUGACUGCAUGUCUCUGGACUGUGGGAGGAAGCAGCAACAUGCAAACUGCACCAGCAUCUGUGCUCCAAUAUAUAGCGAGCAGUUAUGAUAAUCAUCAACUUUAAUGUUUUUCGUCUUUUCUGUCUGGAAUUGGAUGAGUUCUGUGAUUGUCACAAUGCCAGUAACUAAGGAACCAAACAUUCAGUCCAGUACAACUGCUGUGAUGUGUAUUUCUAUUUAUUCAUUGAUACCUUUAAUGAUGUUUCGAUAUUACUGUUAACUAAACACGUUGCAUAUGUUGCAGUAUGUACGAUUUUUUGUUCAUUUAAUUAAACUAACAUUUUCUUCUACA